AAACUGUGACGCUGAAGAGCUCUGUUGGAUGGCAGGCUUAGCAAAAGCUUUGACAUAGUUAUUCAAGAUUCUUAGAAGUGCCAGCUCGACACCGUACCUCUAAUAACGCGACCAAGGAACUUAGUCGGUUUUUAACCGUAUCCCCAAAAAAAAACUAUGCUUUACCUAAACCCUUGUAUCUAUAUCGAAUGAUGUUAAGUCAAACGUCCUUGUCGGCUAUCGAAGUAAUUAAAGCUUACUGACAGUCUGAAACUGUUAGUCCUGUCGCAAACUAGCUAAUAGGAUCGUCGGAGCCAGAAUCAGGCCGAAGUCAGCCGAGAUUUAUAGAUGGAUAGCCGAGAGAGUUAAUUUUUAUACUGUUGCUGUUAUCAAGCAAUAUAAAUACAGUUAAAUUAUAUAAACUUUAUUUUCUACCCAAUACGCGUUGUAUGUAACCUAAACAUUUUAUUAGUCUCCUCCUUGUUACUGAUUUAUUGUUUCAUAUAUAUAUAUAUCUCGUUUAUAUUGCUUUCAGCAAUAUCUGCUCAAAGAAUCAGCGUACGGCCUAAGAGACUAAAAUGCUUGUAUUUACUCCAUACCGAAAAGUGUCGCAAGUCUUCGUUCCAUGAAUGCUGUAACUAUAUAUUGGAAUAGAUAAUUAAAACGCUGCAUUAAUUAUCGCUAGGAUGUACAUCUCGAUUGCACCAGCACAAAACGCCUCGUACGAUUGGCAGCUAAUUUUUGUGACGAAAUGUCUAUUUUUACUUGAUCGUCAGGCCGUCCGCGGCUGCUAGGCAAAGGGCAAAGUAAAUUCUCCAGAUAAUAUUCUUAUAUACGAAUCGUACAUUAUUCUACCUGCAAAGUGCAACACUACCAUGACGCAAUUCUAUUUUCACUCUCUCCAAACAGAAAGCCAUUUUGGAGACCAGUAUAUAUGCUAAAACCAGCCUGCCUACGCACUGACGCUAUUGACGUUGGCAUUCUAAGAAUUGCCGUCUACGUUUCCCACUAUGUCUAUGUUUCGGUGACGGUUACAGGCCAGCGUGAAAUGUAGGAAAGGGUGAUGAGAUCGAUCCGUGUCGAACUCUUUCGUCCAGAAGCACCUCUCUACAUCCAGAUAGUUAAGUGCUUAAAAGUUCGAUCUAAUACAGCUACUGCGACUAGUUCGUCCACCUAGUUGUCCAGAUCCGAGAGCCUAAAAGAUACAGCUGCGCAAACAAACUUGUUGAUUUCGUCUGAAGGAAGAAGGAGUUGCACGCCGAUAUAAUAAAGGGAGAUAGAGCGAUUUUCUCAUUGUGCAACAUUGCCUGUUCGGCUUCUGCUUGGAGAUUGUACUCAGGAUAUCACGAUUCGAAAGCAUUUUCGCAACAGUAUGAGUCAGGCUCCAGGAGACACCUUAAGGGAGCGAAGGGGCAGUGAGUGUCGCAACAAACGCAGUUUACACGGUUACUAUUAGGUCGUAGUUGUGCGUUUUAGUAAACCCUUAGAUGCCUUUAUGCCGCGUGGUAAAAUCUAUGUAUCUUUGUCUUACAUGACUAGCUUUCUAGUGCGAGUCUCACUAAUGGCCAAUGGCCGGGUAGCGACAAUGUCAGUAAUAAAGGGCCAGAACAACAUAGGCAUCAAGUUGACCCUUUUUGUGUUUGUGAAUUUUUUGCAACGUCACUUUUCGCUACUUAAUUAUGUUUAUUAUGCAUGCAUGAAUUUUCGUGAGGCUUUCUAGCCAAAGGUAUUUAAAAGUACUAAGUGAGUAUUUAGCUGCUUCGGGAUGAUUUCGAGGUUGAUACGAGCAAAUAGCUGACAUACGGUGACAGAAGCAGUCAGCAUGUUUCGCAGUAUUGGCAUUUGUCUGUGAUCAAUCCACAGAUAAAGCUCGGACUUUGCUCUUAAACUAUUUAAACGCUGGUUAAAUAGUUCUAUUCUGAACCGAAAGCAUCUCUGUUCCAAUUUGAAGGUGUCAAAGCUGAGUGUUGUAUCUGGAUGUUCUCUAGUGCCAUUCUGUUCAAAAUAGGAGGUUUGAUCGUAUCAUUAAGAGCGGCUUAAAUUAGAGUUGUGACUAUAGCUUAUUUCAAUUAAGGAUAUCGCAAGCCAAGCUGCUGGUAUUAGUUUAUUAAUCACGGCUUUGUUGAAGUUGUAUUACCCCGUUGAUUACAAAAUUGCUUUAUUAGCCCUUUGAUUCUGACGAUGAACAGCCUUUACUUAUAGUUCGCUAUCCGAACUAUCUUCCGUUUAAUGUCACUGCCUACUUGCGAGUCGAGGAUCCUCCAUGUGUUCGUGCAGGCACAUAAGGCAGCGUCCUUGGCAUGCUAGGCUCAACCUCGCACGAGCUUCAAACAGCGACGGUCGGCGGUACAAUGUUCACUUUGAUUGCUGGCUAAAAAACGAGCUACAUAAGGAAAUAUCGCUUUUGGGUUUGCUGUUGCGAUCAAGCAUCCGAUGUUACUUGGUGCGGCGUUAUCUCCAGUAACACAUAUAAUAACUUGAUUUCUAGUGGCUCUGCUCAUUAUAGACUUAGGUAGAUAUCUGAAAAGGAUUAAAAGACUCUUUGAAACAUAGUAAAUAAUGAAUUCGAUGCAAUGAAGAAGCUUCAUAUGUAUAGACCUAUAAAGCAUUGUUGAUUUGCUACCAACUUUUUAUAAUUUUUUUUAUAGAAACGUCUCAUAUAUUUAAUCAGUUACUAGUUAUUGGCACCUAAUGGCAAAUAGAUAUCUAUUGAAUCUGAAUAUAUCUUUGUCUAAUAUUUUAUAUUUCUAAUAACCAUACGUUAUGCUUGCGUUUUAGGCAUUUUACAGAUACGGUUCCUUCUUUGUUUCUCGAUGUUCAUCGGCGCAUUUCUGGUCUAUGCCAUGAGACUGAACUUUUCCGUUGCAAUUUUAGCUAUGACCAAUAGCAUUAAUGCUACUGGUGAUAAUAUUACUUUUAUUUCUAGUGAUAACUGUCGACCGGAUAAACACAUAGCUCAGGGAGGGCAUUCGUUAUCGCGAAAGCUUCGCGAACUGCAAGGUGACUUCCAUUGGGAUCAAAACCAGCAAGCGACAGUUUUAUACGCGUUCUUCUUAGGAUACUUAAUCACACAAAUCCCGGGCGGAUACUUUGCGGAAGUGGCCAGCGCGACCUGGGUUUUUGGACUCGGUGUGGGUCUAACUUCGUUACUCACAUGCCUGACACACGUUACUGCUUAUUUUAACUACUAUGCCUUGGUCGCGCUCCGAGUCUGUGAAGGCCUCUCAGAGGGGAUUACGUUCCCAGCAGUGUUCGCAUUUAUCGCGCGUUGGUCACCUGCUAACGAGCAAAAUUCGGCAUUAAACUUCGUCAACGCUGGCACUGUGGUCGGAACGGUUGUAACUCUUCCAGUGUCAGCCUAUCUUUGCACCUCGCCGAUGGGCUGGUCCGUUUCGUUUUAUCUAUUCGGCCUACUCGGCAUUUUGUGGACGGUAUUUUGGUUUUGUGUUGCGGCAGAUGGUCCGGAGCGACACCCAUGGAUCUCCGCUGAAGAGCGCAAAUACAUUGUCGAAUCACGAUCAAGCAAAUUUAAAAAAGCGCGCCCACCGAUCCCAUGGAGGCAAAUCCUGUUCUCACCAGCCGUCCUUAUUCUGGGCCUUGCCAAAUUGGCCGCUUCUUUCAAUUAUUACAUGAUGCUCAUAGAACUACCGACAUACCUUAAUGAUAUGUUCGCCAUAGACAUCACUGCUAACGGUUGGAUUAAUGGAGGUAUGAAUUUAUGCAUCGCGAUCACCCUCCUUGUCACUGCACGUAUCGCGGACAAACUAAUCGAACGUAAAGCAUUCAACAAGACAAGAUUACGGAAAUUUUUCAUCGUUUGUUCGCAACUGUUGCCCUCCUUCUGCAUGGUCCUCCUUUCAAGGAUUGGUUGCGAUUAUGACCUCGUUAUGGUAACACUGUUUGUUAAUUAUCUGUUUCUUGGAUUUGCCGGCGGGGGUGACGGGGGUAUGGCGUUCGACAUUGCACCACGAUUCGCUGGCGCUGUGACAGGCGUCCUCAAUGUGAUGGCCAACGUCGCAGGCCUUCUUGCACCAAAACUUGUGGGCUAUCUCACAGAGGAUAAUAAUACGCUUACGCAAUGGCAUCUCGCGUUCCUUUAUACGGGCAUUUUCACGAUGAUAAACUCGACCCUCUUCCUCAUGUUUGGUACAGCUGAAGAACAGAUCUGGGCCCAGGAGGAAAGAUCUGAAGAAAACUGUGACGCCGAAGGAAAUUCACUAUAUGGCAGACUUCGUAAGGGUUCUGACAUAGUGAAUCAAAAUUCCUAGAAGUGCCAGCUCGACACCGUACGAAAGGUCGCUAAAAAAGCUAACUACAAAAACCUGUUGGCUGUAUCUCCUAAGAAGCUAUAUAUUAGUUAAAUUUUUAUAUUUAUAUCAAGGAAACCCAAGUCAGCCAUGAUCGGAGUGUGCCUUAGUAAUCGGAGCUUAUCUAUGGUGUGCCACUGUUAAUCCCGUCAAUUUCUAUUUGGCUUUUGGUGGUAAAUUUGCUAGAAACAUGACAACUAAUUCUCACGGUAUAAUUUAACACUGUUUGUUAUUAAAUUAUUUAAAUCAAGUGAAAUGUAUGUUGCACACGCUUGUUUUUCGUAUUUUUUUUUGCUUAGGCUAAACUUUAUAUUCGGUUCUCAACGUUAUUGCAUUUUUAAUGAUUUAGUUUUGCAAGACGCACAUUUAUUAUGUUAUAACACUGUCAUAUGAUGUUGAAAGAUCAAUUUGCCAAUAGCUUUUGUGGCAGUUUCUACUGAGAAUAUUGUGUCAUGCAACGUGGCCGAGAAAAUCGACAGCGAAACUUCGGUAACGUAGCCAAAAAACAUCUAUGUUUUACCUGGUACGCAUUCUUCUUCGUUCCAUUUUUUGGCAUGGCGGAGUAGUUUAACAGUCGUGAUAGUGGAUAUACUAGACUUUCUUAUGACAAAGGCUUUUUUAAGUAGGACUAACAAAAAAGCAAAACAAAUGCGUACUUAUUUUCGUCCAAGAUAGGUCUGCCAAGCCAAUAUGGCCGUUGCUAUGGCGACUGACGGUGUCCUAUAAUGUGGCAUGCUUGAUAACAUAUGGUUUACAAAAAAAAAAUUAAAAAGAUUAGGGGUAUUCGAUACUUUUUCUAGUUCAAUGGCGAAUGUGUUGGACUCCGUCCGAAUCUGCUAUUAAGGUAAUGUUAUGGAAAUAGAAAUUAUAGAGGUCACACGAUGGCGCGUAGAAGGACAGAUUAUUGCAUAAGCCGACAGCUGAAAUGUUCGCUUAGUAGCUUCUAAGCGUACGGUUAGAACUGCUAAGUGCUAAAGACGUCGUUAUUAUCAAGUUCUCUUAUAUUUAACGUUUCAGUUGAGGGAAUUGGGUUUGCGUUGGCGGGUUUCGAACUCGAACAUUUUACUUUUAAAUGUUGAAUAAGGAAGCGACCUUGAAAAUCGAUUACCAUUUUGGAAAUAAAUUUAAUUUACGUGAUGUUGAAUAACGUUUACUAAAACAGUCAGACAGAAAUUAUACCGAAAGCUCUUGUUAAUCACCUCUAUAUGGUGUAUGAUGAAUAAUAUCUUUCUUCCUCUAAAGCCGUUGUAGGAUGGGCAUGGGUUCAGUUCCAGUGGGCAGAGUGCCCGGGUACCCUGCUUUGGUUGCAAUUUAUUGUGCGUAGCUUCCGUUAGAUAAUUUCGGUCUAGGGACGCCUUGAUAACCGUUCUGUAUCGAUUGUCUUACAUCGGAAAGAAUCAUCUGUCUCAAACGUGAUCCAUUUCAAACGAUUAAAUUAAGUUUAUGGUAAGUUAACGUCAAAACCUAAACACAUCAUUCAGAAAGGCUGUCAUCCCCGUGUUACUUUAAAGCUGAGGGUAUCUAGCAACGGAUAAGUUCGAAUAUUUCGUGUAACGACCAGUAAUUCGUCGGUUUUGUUAGUUUAACAGUUAAUCAAUGCACGUACGAAAUACAUCGCAGCGAGAGCGCGUGACGAUACGCUAAAGCUUCGUAACGCUGCACGACCUCAGCAGCUCUGCAACGUUACUUUCUCUAUUGCGUGUCAUCGUUAUUGUUGUUUGUAUGUCUGUUGAUAUUGUUGUUGUUAUAGAUGUUGUCACGCUAUUAGCGUGCGAUUCACCACGUACUAAAGCGAGACGAUAGCUCACUGGAGUUCGGGUUAUAGGCUAAUAUAGAAGCAUGUAAAUGCCAGUACACACCGGUGACACGAACAAGGAAACUGGCCUGACGGAAAAGCUCAUAAGGCGACGUUGCUAUGGGAUAUACUGUACCCUGUUGUGUCUCAGCUGCUCUAGGCCAUUUUGCUAAACAGGAACUCGUAGCGUUAAAGACCAGCACGGAUCUACAGAGGAUGUUCUCCAGUUUAAAUUAUUCGUGUUUUACCAUUGCAAUAUGAAGCAAAGAGGCUAUUUGCAUCUGUAGACCGUGUAUAGCUGAGUUAACGCGUAGACAAGAUAAUGCUCGUAUAUAGUAGAAGGAAAAAAGAUCUUAACAAUUGACAAAGAAGUUCUGUGUCUGAUAAAUCGCACAGCUCUUUCGUUUUUGCGGGAAGACCGACGACACAUGAUUGCCUUAAAUAAAUCCUUAUUGAAGUAACAGUUACUAUGCCGUGGAUAAACGAGAUGGGCGAAUAGUUUAUAAUAAAAAGAUAAGGUGGUAAGCAUUUUUCUAUAGCUAUGGUAAUGCUUUGAACCAAGUAUAAUGAUAUAGUAUAGCUCUCUUCUGAACUUUACCUCUAAUUUUCCAUCAACACAAGGUUUUCAAUUUUAAUACAGUUUUGAUAGCGAAUUGCCCAAACAUACUUCAAUCAUGUUAUAUCAUAGUUUGCUUAUUUAAUAAACUGCUUAUUUAAUAAGCGACAAUUUAAAAUAUGUUGCUAGUUUUUGAUCAUUUUUGCUUGCCUUGGAGAAUGGGUACUUUGCGCGGGUGUUUUGAAAUUAUGUUUUUACAUGAAAAUUUUGCAAAGAAUCGCAGUCAUACUGACUGGGAUCAUGCCUAAUUUUGAAUUGAAAAAAAAACUGUUACGGGGAAAAUAUACUGCGGAGCCAAAAAAUAUUAGAUAAAUAACUCUAUAAAAAUUACGUUGUUUGUAGCCUAGGCUCUGCCAAUAGUUUUUCACUAAAUUAUAUGAAAAGUUUUUUCUCUACGGCUGGCUUUACUCAAGUUCUACUACCUAUGUGUUGGACCAUGCUGGAUCUGAAACGCAAUAGAAGACUAUGAGGGUAAUCUAGGACGCAAGCCAUGGCAUAACUGAGCCCGCUUUAGUCCUUCGUCGAAAUCCGCAUAUGGCAAGCUUAUAUUGCGGAUGAUCAGACUCGACAGAAAGUACUACAUGCGCGUUUUUGUUAUCGGUUGUUAGCUAUCUGGCCUGUUCCAUUAGCGAGACACAAACCCAUAAUCCCCGUGCCCCUUAUGGACGAAAAGGCGUACAACAGCUGCCACCUCCGUUACUACCAUGCAGGUGUUGUUUGAUGUCUGAGAGUCGCUUCGCUGCGGCCACGGUUACGAUCACUGCUACUUCCGUACCAGCUGAAGCAAGGAAUCAAAAAAUGUCUUAUCAAAAAAUCCUUUUGGCCUUUACGCAAAACUUAUCGUACAUCGCUGACGCAGUGUACAGAAAAUGCCACCCACUUAGCCAACCUUCAAAGUGAAUGUCAUUGAAUUAACUACACGUAAUCGAAGAACAGUCGCGCAUAAAAUAUCACUACGAUGACUACAAUAAUUAAAGCUAUCUUGAUAAUAUUUUUGCGUAGCUCCAUUGUAUCACUUUGGAAGUCCUUCAUGUUGUUAUGAAUUCAACUGUUGCG